AUGCUUCAAUACCGCGCUGGCUGUAAACCAGAUGAUCAACUCAUCAACCAGUUUAGGACGAGCUAUGGGUCGCUUUUGUAUAGUCAUUGCCAGUCUAAAGGGAAAACGGCCCCCUUCGCGAUCGACAAGCGAGACUCCGGGCUCCCUGAUGGGCUGGACAGUGUUGUCAUGGGCAUGAAUAACGUUCAUUCGAACGAAGUUCUCAUGGAAACUUCCAUUAAUCCAAAAGCCAUCUAUCCCCAGGGCGCUACUACUCCAGGAUCCGGGGCAGUCUUUCACAACCAAGCUGGCGAUCUUCUUUCAUCCACUUUUUCAUGGUUCACUCCCACUCCCACGCUUAGCGACGAACUGAAUCCUCAGGCGUCCUUUGAUGAGUAUACCGGCUUUGUACCCUUCGAGCAGGCACAAAACGGAUUUCACCCGGUCGCCCCUUUCGAACCGAGCGUUACGGCAAGGGUUAUGGCGCCCAACAUUCCAACUUACGACCAAAUGAUGGAUGGCUUUCAACAGCAACCGACGUAUGGUUACAAUGAAUUACAAGUCGAGUCAAGCUUGGACUUGGAAAUACCUCAAGCUUCUGUCAAUGCGAUGACCCCGAACAUGAGCAAUGAAAGCUUUCGGUAUAAUGUGAAUCUUUGUGCACCCAUUGCGAUAUUCCCGCAUUCUGAUGGAAGCCCGGUGACUUAUCUCAACAAGGGUAAUAGCUACGUUAUCAACAUAGCGGACUCCAGGCCCAGCGACAUGAAUUCUGGUGCACUUGAAUAUAGGACCCAUAUUCGCGUCACGUUCGAGGCCGAAGAACAAAGAUCCAAUCCAACUAUUGCCUGGCAGCUCUGGAAAGCUCUUCGGGGCCAAAAUGGAGUUUCCUUAGGCGUAGAGUUCGAUGAUGUGUCACAAAAUGCCACAGACAACGAGACAGCCCCCCGAGUUCGAAUCGAGAAGGUCUACACAGAUGGUUUCUCUGUCAUCUGGACAGGGGAUCCCACCGACCAAAUCGCUUCUUGCAAUAUCCCUGUUCGGUUCAACUUUUUGUCAACCGACUUCACUCGCUCCAAAGGAGUUAAAGGUGUACCGGUCCGACUAUGCGCCAAGACAGAGGUCUUGUCAGAGUCAGAUGAGUUUGAGAUGUGCUACGGCAUCAUCAAACUCUUUCGCGAUCAUGGCGCGGAAAGGAAGAUGUCGAACGAUGAAGCCUCUGCAAAGAAGCGGAUCGAGAAGCUGAAAAAACAAAUUGCCGAAGAGAAGGGUAAAAUGUCCACUCGCAAGCAAAGUUGGAACCGUCUCUCUGAGGAUCAAAAAAUCUCCAAGAUAUCUCUGCCAAAAAGACGGCGUUCAGAUUGGCAGAAUAACUCCAUGCUUCACCAAAAACUUCACGAUGAGCUCUUUAGGUUGAAGGACUCGCUCUCGGCGGAGCGUCAGAUGAGCAAGCUGGGUCUUCGUGGCGUCGUUCAAGAUGACCCAUCAAUCCACCCUCUUAUCCUACCGACUGAGUCGAGUUUGCCGAAGGGGGAUGAUAUCACCAGACGCGCUUUGGAGAAUAUGCAGAGUGAAUCCUUUUCUCCGAUGGACUCUGGGUCUAAAGCUCUUGAUGGAAGUCCGGGCGGUCGCAGUGCUACCUUAUCAGAAGACUCACUCGAGGCGCCGAGUACCUUCUCUAUGAACUCCCAAUCAUCGAGGUCUACACCCGCAUCAAGUGUUUCAAAUAAUUGGGAGACUACUGUAAACAGUUUACCAAGAUAUGUCGCAUGCUUCUAUGUUCAGUUUAUCAAGGGUGGCGAACCGAUUCAUAGCUAUCAUCACGCAUUGUAUCUGAGUAUACGUUCAGAAGCAGAACUGAAAGGCAAACUUUCGGAGAAGAUACAAAUCAGACCAGAUCAAAUCCAAUUGAUCUGGGCCAACCAAAAAGGAGUGAAAGUUAUGGUAGAUGAUGAUAUGGUGGGACAAAUUCCCGAGGCGCAGGUAAUCACAGCAGAUAUUUCUGCAUUGUCGUCAUCUAGUUUGGCAACGUCUUCAGUAGUGCCCUCUCCCUUGGAAAUUAGCCUGGCUUUUUAA